AAUGGUGCGAAAACUUCUGCUGCACAUCGCUUUAGCAGCAAGCCUGUUCUCACCUCAGCUGUCUGGUGCCACAGCUACCAAAACAAAAGCUCAAGUGAAGAACAACUCAGGUGUGACCCCAGCUGGGAAGUGUGGCACCUGGUUAAAGGAGCCUGAUGGAGGGUAUUUCACCUCACCCAACUACCCUGAGAAAUACCCACCUGAGAGAGAAUGUGUCUACAUAAUAGAAGCCUCUCCUCGACAGUGCAUCGACUUAUUCUUCGAUGACAAGUAUUCCAUCGAACCUUCCUGGGAGUGUAAGUUUGACCACAUCGAGGUACGAGAUGGGCCCUUUGGUUUCUCGCCCAUCAUUGGUCGCUACUGUGGGCAGGAAAGUCCUGCGUAUGUCCGGUCCAGUGGAAGGUACCUGUACAUCAAGUUUGUGGCGGAUGGUGAACUGGAGUCCACUGGUUUCUCUGCCCGGUAUAACUUCACACAAGAUCCCGAGUUCAAAGGGCUUGGAGACUGUGAUUUUGAGCUGAGCGGUCCAGAGGGCUUCAUAGAGUCGGCCCAGAUAUCGAGGGAUGCCCAGGUGCAGCAGACGGAAGCUGUGGACUGCAGGUGGCACAUCAAGGCUCCACCCAGAGCUAAGAUCUACAUGCGCUUUCUGGAGUACGAGAUGCACAACUCAAAUGAAUGCAAGCGUAACUUUGUUGCCAUCUACGACGGCAGCAGUUCGGUCGAGCACCUGAAGAAUAAGUUCUGCUCCACGGUGGCCAACGAUGUCAUGCUGGUGUCCUCUGUGGGCGUGGUGAGGCUGUGGGCAGACGAGGGGAGCAGAAAGAGCAAAUUCAGGAUCCUCUUCACAACUUUCCACGAGCCUCCGUGUGAAGGAGACACUUUCUUUUGCCAUAGCAACAUGUGCAUCAACCACACACUGGUUUGCAAUGGCAUCCAGAACUGUGUUUACCCCUGGGAUGAAAAUCACUGUAAAGAGAAGAGGAAAGCCAGCAUCCUGGACACGCUGGAUAACACUAACAUCACCAUUAUUGCAGUAACCUGUGGUCUGGUUGUCAUCUUGCUCGUCAUCUCUGUCAUCAUCCAGGUCAAACAGCCUCGCAAGAAAUACAUUAUCCGCAGAGAUGACUUUGACCCUGCCCUCCUCCAUCCUGGUUUCGAGCCUCCUCACUACGAGCUCUGUACUCUGCGCCGUGACCCAUCCGGCGACCUGACCGACGCUGCCCUGGCCGAGGACUUCGAGAAGUUCCACAAGCUCCGUCGCUCAUCAAGCAAAUGUAUUCGUGACCACCACUGUGGCUCCCAGCAGGGCAGUGUACACGGAAGCCGCAGCAACCUAAGCAUGAGGGAUGCCAACAUUGCCGGUGACGGGGGGGCCCUCGUGCCGCCAUUGCCGCCGGUGAUGCCGAGCCAACAGUCACCGCGCCUCUCCCACCACACCACCCCUGCAGGUCAACGGAGCAUCCUAGUGAUGAAGCAUAGCUACUCUCAGGACGGGGCAGAUAGGUACCGACCGGAGGAGGAGGAUGAUUUGAUGAUGGAUGAUGGUCCCACCACCAGCCAGCACCACAUGCACCAUCAUCAGAUCCACCAUGGCAUGUCAGGGCUGGAUCACACUGUCCACCGUACACUGUCUAAUGACUUUUAAUGAAAGGCAACAUGGAAAUGAAGAAAUUGAAAAGAAUAAUCACAACACAUAUGAAACUGCACUUAGAUUGAUGAAAGGGAUAAAUAACAGGGGUAAUGAUGAACUUAAGAGAUUAUUAGAGACCUUCAAUUUUUUUGUGGUUAAA